GAUCUCAAGUUCUCUAUGGAGAUGAUUUGCCCAACAUUGAUCGUGUAUUUCAAAGAAUGCUUCAACGCGAGAGACAACAAUAUGGGGCACAACUCAACAGGGUUCUUGCAGUGGAUACAAUGAGUUUGGCAGCACACAGUUCAAGCACUCCUCAUAUCAGAAGGCCUAGACCUUACUGCACUCAUUGCAAGUUCCUUGGCCACACAGAGGAAACUUGCUACCACAAACAUGGGUGGCCACCAGGGAUGAAUACCAGAACCACCAAUCCUUAUGGGAAACUAAUUGAAUGCACCUACUGCAAGAAACCAGAACAUACUGAGGAGAAGUGUUUCAGCAAACAUGAAUAUCCCAACCCAAGGGUUCCACCAAGACCCAAACCUCAAGCUCACUCAGUUACUUUAGAAGAUCUACACCAAGAGGUCAAGCUUACCAAAGUUGACUACCUGAAGCUGAUGUCCCUAUGAAUGACAAAGGCAAUUCAAAGCCUUCCCCAAGUGCCAGUCCCUCUUUUUCAGCUGCCAGUUUCAUCAACAGGCUAGCAGAAUCCUCAGAUAAAUUCCUGCUCAAUGUGAGUGAUAAAUCACCACAUCAUCAAACUUGGAUACUUGAUACAGCUGCCUUUGACCACAUUAUGUGCUCUCUAAGCCACCUAUCGAACUCCAGACCACUUCACAACAUUUAUAUCACUCUCCCCACAGGAUACAAAGUUCAAGCAACACAUUCAGGCACAGUUUUUUGUGUUGCAGGCCUAGUGUUGCAUGAAGCUCUAUUUGUUCCACAAUUUAGCUUCAGCCUUAUCUCUGUCACUCAACUAACCAAAAACAGAUCCCUUUGCUUGACCUUCUUCUCUGAUGUCUGCUUGAUUCAGGAUAUGCAGCUGAGGAGGAUGACUGGUUCUGCUAAGCCAUCCUAUGGCCUUUACCACCUAGAGACCAUUGUAGAUAUCAAUCUCUCCCACUACAUCUCAGCUGCCAGCACAUAGACAUUUGAUGUUUGGCACCAUAGACUAGGACAUGUCUCUCAUUCCAAAGUGCCCAUUUUGAAAUCUUUUUAUCCACAGAUAGAUACAAGCAGUUCUAUACCCUGUGAUGUCUGUCAUUUUGCUAGACAGAAGAGACUUCCUUUCCCUUCUAGCACUUGUGUAACUACACAUGAUUUUGAAUUGUUGCAUGUUGACAUAUGGGGUCCUAACCAUGUUCCCAGUUAUGAUGGAUUCAAGUACUUUCUAACAAUUGUUGAUGACUUCAGUCGAAUGACUUGGUUAAUUCUUUUGCAAACUAAGUCUGAAGCUAGGCAUAAGUUGCAAGCAUUCUGUUCCUAUGUUGAGAGACAAUUUAAAACCAACAUCAGGCAAAUUAGAAGUGACCAAGGUAGAGAGUUUGCCAUGACAGAAUUUUUUGAUCAAACUGGCAUUCUCCAUGAACAAUCAUGUGUUCAGACUCCACAACAAAACAAUAAAGUGGAGAGGAAGCAUCAACACAUUCUCUCUGUGGCUAGAGCCCUAAAGUUUCAAUCCAAUCACUCCCUGCCUCUUGGGAAGAUUGUGUCAAACAUUCAGUCUAUUUGAUCAAUAGGGUUCCCACAAUUGUUCUGGGGAACCUCACUCAUGAAAAACUUCACAACCAGAAACUAGACCUUACUGACCUCAAGGUUAUUGGUUGUUUAUGCUUUGCUUCUACACUUUCUAAUCACAUAGCCAAAUUUGACUCUAGAGCAAGAAAGGGAGUUUUCAUUGGUUAUCAACGUGGAAUCAAAGGUUACAAAAUUUAUGAUCUUUCCACACAUGAUGUUUUUGUUUCUAGAGAUGUCCAAUUCCAUGAAAUUGUGUUCCCAUUUCAUAACCAAAAUCCAGAUCAUUCACCACCCUAUUCUACCCCAUCUGAUCCUUCUUUCUAUGAUGAUCCUAGUCUAUCCUACUACCCCUCAUCACAACCUACUCUUCCUUCUCUACCAAACCCAUUGGUUCAGGACACCCAUUUUGACAUAGAUUAUGAACCAGACUCACAAUCCUCACCAUCUCCUUCCUUCACCAUCCCCACCCCCAGUACCUCAACCACCCCUAAGAAAGUCCACAAGAGUUUCAAAACGACCUACCCACCUCCAGCAAUACCAUUGUAACCUGCUUCAACAGACUUCUUCUACCAGUCAUUCUACUCAGCUGCCACCUACAGGUAUGACAUCAAACCUCUCAUCACUACUUGAUUACUCUACUCUCUCUCUCUCCUACUCACAAAACCUUUGUCUCAAGUAUCUCUUCCCUAAAGGAACCAGAAACCUAUAAGGAAGCAGUUCACUUUCCAGAAUGGAAUGAUGCUGUGACAGCUGAGACUCAUGCUCUAGAAGCCAACCACACUUGGGAUGUGGUUGAAUUACCUCCUGGUAAGAAACCAGUUGGCAACAAGUGGAUUUAUAAGAACAAACAUCUACCAGAUGG